UGUCUGCCCGAAAGAGGGGAGAGAAAAAAAAACAUAAACCGACGAGUAAAAACAACUCCAAAGUUUAGCAAACUCGGUUGCAACUGCAUGCAUGCCUACAACGAGUGGUGCUUCUAAAGAGCGGUUCUAAAGGAAAAAGAAGUCACAGAAUGGAUGUUACUUGGUACUGGUGCGUCUUUCUCCUGGGUCUUAUUACAGGUCAUAUUGAUGGGAUCCAGGCCGCCGAUGCAAAUGAAACCACGUCAACAGGAGACCAGCUCAGUUCAUCGGAUGAUUAUGGUGUAGCCACAGAAGCCACGAUGAGUGCAAGGGUUGUCACCAUUGAGGCUUCUGUGGCUCCACCGCCAAAAGCUGAGAGUCAGGCCCGUGUUCAAGUGUCGGUGGGAUCCGUGCCUCCCUCCCGUAUCAUUUUGGAAGGUUCCGACACCUUUUUGGAGUGCAGGUUCAGCCCACCAGAGGCCAACGUCACCUGGAGGCGAUCUUCUUCUGACUGCAACAGAAGCUGUGAUGUAACGGCUGACCAGCAUCGGAAUAUUUUAGUGGACCGCAGGACUGGGUUGUCAAAACUCUCGUUCUUUCCAGCGGAAAAGAAUCACACCGGGAUGUACUAUUGCGUUGUGUCUACGGAGAAUGGGCACAAACAGUCCUGUGGCACGUACCUCUGGGUCCGGAGAGCUCGGCCGGUCACCUUUCUGAAUAUGAGUGAAACUCUCAAAAAUAAGAUCAUCACCGCGGAGGGUAUCUUUCUACUGAUCUCUGCCAUUGGUCCUGGCCUUUUCCUGCUAUUUAGGAAGAGAUGGGAAAAUGAGCGUCUCUUGCAAGAGAAGAAGAAGGCUUUGGAAGAGGAGAACCUUUAUGAGGGACUGAAUCCAGACGAGUGCUCCAUGUAUGAGGAUAUCUCACGAGGGCUGCAAGCUACCUACCAGGACAUAGGGAAUGUCAAAGUAAUUGAUCUGCAGCUGGAAAAGCCAGAGAAGCCGUGAUAAAUAGGACUUCGCUCUACACAAAUUUUCCUGGAGCCUAUUCUUAAAUCACUGAAUAUUCUCUCAUUUUAUCCUGAAGACGACAUAGAGGAAAUUCUGUUUUCUGCUGUGUUUCACAGGCUAACAUAUUGUAUAACCCUUUCAAGUGUACAAUAUAGAAACUGAAAAGAUCUGAGUGGUUCUGCAUGUGUUCGAAGAUCUUGGUUUAAAAGGAAAAUACAUGAAAUAGCAGAGGUGCUUCCUUGAUACUUUGGUUCUUAUAGAAAAAUAUUCUGACAAGUAGUAUUUUUACUUGACAUUUAUUAUAUUCAUUUCCUUUCUUCCUACCAGUAAGUUGGAGGCGUGGGGUGGGGAUUUUAAGAUACAAUUUUAAGACAAAUACUUGCAGAGGGUUAAUUCUAUCAUAUUUUGUGCUUGGCUGUUUUUCUUUAUCACUCAGAGUGAAAUACUCGGAGCAAACAAAUAUCUUCCUCUUCAAAGUUUAUUGCUGGGGUAAAGGGAAAAAGCUCUACAGUAAUAUGUUUUCAACAAUGGAUGGUGCUGGUUGCUUAGCAGUUGUGACUGAUGUCACAAGCAAACCAAAUCCCAUCUCUCAUUUCUUAGCAUCUCUAAAAAUAUAUAUUAAAAUACCUUUUUCCCCCAGGCAAAAUAUCAGUAUGCAAACAAUUAGAUUUGGUGUUUUAUAUUAGAAAAAAAUACAUGAAGCUGGUGAUCUGUCUAAAUACAAAGCAUAAGCAAGACCAGUACUUUUUUCCCUGCAUUCAUCUUAAGGGAAUGUCUGUUGCAAAGGCAGGAAAAACCUGGAAUGGUAGUACAGAGACCCAUUUAAUUUUUGGCUCACAUUCUGAACCAUUGAACAUCCACUUGUAAGCUUUCCCCCCUCAUUCUUCAAGGGGAAUAAGAUGUAAGAUUCAUUGCAAAUAAAAAUGUAGCUACAUGAUUAAUUAGCAGAAUCGAAUACUAGCAGAAUUGUAUGUUUAUUGGAUCACCAAAAUUUUUUUUAAUAAAAAAAGUAAAAAUAAGCUAGUUUUGAAAGUUCUGAGAUAAUUCAAGGCUUAUUUUUUUCAUUAAAAUAUUUUGGUACCCGACUCUGCUUUUUCAUUGUUAAUACAGCUAAUGUGGUUGGGAAGAGCCUCUGAGCAGGGACAGAGAGCUGAGCAGGACUAUUAGGCUUGACUUACAUCAAAGACAAAUGAGACGUUCCAGACUGUGAUCUCUCGUUUCCAAGUUCAGACACUGGUGUCUCCUCUACUUACUGAGGCAGGCAACGUUCUUACUAAGGUCACGCACGAUCAUAAAUAGUUAAAAGUAGGUGAGUUAUAGCAUAGUAGUACGUGGGAUUGAUGACUCCUUUCGCGAGAACCACCAUAUAAUCUUGUAUAUAUUGAUAUAACCACGGACUAAAUUUCCUUUGUUUUUUUAGUGUUUAUAAAAUGUGAUGUUAAUAAAAUAACCAAAACUCA